AUGAAAUAUAACUAAAAGUAUAAGAUUUAGAUAAAGAAAAUAGAAGUAACAAACUUAAAUGGUAACAUUAGGUUGAUGAAAUAAACAAGGAUUAUAAUUUAUAAGUUGAAAAUUUAACAAAACAAGUUGAAAGUUUAGAGUAAUAAAUUUAAGAACAUAAGUAAGAGAAAGAUAAUCUUAAGAGAUUGAUAAUUUAAAAGGAUGAUGAUAUUUAAUUAAGAGAAGAGAAAAAUAAAUUAGAGUUAUAAUCUGUAACUAAAAAUUAUAACAUGAAAAUAAGAGAAAAGGAAGAUAUUAUAGAAUAAAUGAAAGCAGAUAUCUUAUAAUAUUAAUAAAAUGAAUUUGAAUAAUCAAAUUUGAUUAAGUUUUUAGAAAGUGCUAAAGAGAAUUUAGAAAAAUUAUAAAAAGAGAAUUAUGAAUAUACAAAACGAAUAUAGUUGACAAAUGAAAAAUAAUUUGAAUAGAUUAAGGAAUAUGAAUAGAAAAUAAUAUUUUUAAAUGGAGUGAUAAAAGAAUUAGAAUAAAAAAGAGAUUAGUUGGAAAUUGAGAUAUCAAAUUAGUAAUUGAAUAAUUAGCAUACUGUUAUAGAGAAUGAUAUAAAUGAAAAAGUCUAAGAAACUUCAGAUUAAUAAAUUGAAUAAUUGUAAGAGGAAAUUAUAUCUUUAAAAUGUAGAAUAGGAGAUAUGUUAAAUACGGCUUCAGAUAUAGGAGGUUCAAAGUUGGUAGAUAGAUUAUAAUGUGCUUUAGGAAUAAAAGAAUGA